AAUGCGCAAUCGUAUACCUCUGUAGUCAAAUUAGAAGAAGUAUUCCUUCUCUCUCUCUAUCUCGGGACCAAAAUCAACGAGCCCUAAUCGCGAAAUCUCUACAGCUCCAUCUCUAAUUCCAUCCAAUUGAACUUCGUUGUUGGCGCGAUUCUUAGCCGGUAUCUGCCAUGUCGACGGUGCCUUCAACAUCCGCAGCUGCCUCUUCUUCUUCGUCGCAGUACACGUACUCCAAUGGCACCUACUUUCCGACUCCUUUUCAUCUUCAACAGCAGCCGUCGCAACCCUACAUCGGCGCUGCCCCUCCGCCGGCUCAGCUCCCUGCUCCUCCCGCUGUUCCUACCGUCUAUCCACCUCCGGCCCCUCUUCCUGGCGUAUAUUCUUUGCCUCAGUACCAACAAGCGCAGCAGUUGUUUCAAAGGGAUGCCCAAACAAUUACUCCAGAAGCACUUGAGAAUGUGAAAGCUGCACUUGCAAGCAGUGAUAUUGAGCACAAAGUUGAGGCUAAGAAGAAAGCCCUGCCUCGUAAAGCAGCAGGGCAAAGUUGGGAGGACCCCACUCUUGCUGAUUGGCCAGAAAAUGAUUAUCGUCUGUUUUGUGGUGAUCUUGGAAAUGAGGUGAAUGAUGAUGUUUUAUCGAAAGCAUUUUCAAGAUUCCCUACUUUUAACAUGGCUAGGGUUGUGCGAGACAAGCGGACUGGUAAGACUAAAGGCUAUGGAUUUGUAAGUUUCUCAAACCCUUUGGACCUUGCUGCCGCCCUUAAAGAAAUGAACGGUAAAUAUGUUGGAAAUCGACCAAUUAAACUCCGGAAGAGCAAGUGGCAAGACAGGAUUGAUGUUGAUGCUUUGGACAGACAAAAGAACCACUCUCAGAAGAAGGGGAAAAUGCCAAGGAAGAGUUUUUUGCACAAGUGAGCACUAUUAUGCAGUCGAGCAACUGAUGGUAAGAAAGCCAUUGGACGUUUGUCUUGUUUUCAUUCCUUACCAUGGAUAAAUGACUCCCACUUACCGGGGUGUAGACACUUUCAAUUCAUACUUAUUCAUUCAUUUAGGACCGGGUAGAGAAGUUCCAGAUGUAAGAUCCACUUGUGGGCAUACAUCCUUUAUGCAAGGAUUACCUGUGACUCAUGAAGUUGGUGUAACACAUGUCCUUGUGAGAAGUAUCUGCUCAAAAAUUUGUAGCAUAAUUCAUGUAUGGGAUGAUAAGUAUAAGGCUAACAUUCUACUGUUGACAAACAUCAUCUGCAUGUAUGUUUUGGAUUCAAGUUUGUAGUCA